AUGAGGUAUGUUGCCUGGGCUUCGGGCAAGACUGCGAUAGUUUUUCCUGCCGCUGAGCCUCUUGUGUAUGCUUACUUCGAUGAUGUGAAGGACAAAGCUGCACCGACUUCCUUGAAGAGUGUUCUCUCCGCUUUUGCCUUCGCAAAGUAUGUUGUGGGCUUGAAGGGUGUUGAUGAGAUUUUGGAGUCGGGUCGUGUUCGGGGCCUGGCAGCUCGGCUUUUCUUGCAGAAGAGGAAGCUCCUUCAACGAAACCCCUUGAAAGUCGAACAUGUUGCGCUGCUUGAGAGAAUUUGCUGUGGUCUUGAAGGGAGGUCCCUGCAAGAUAGGAUGGCAGCGGGCUUUUUCCUUUUCCUAGUGCACGCGAGAGCCAGGUUCUCCGAUGCCCAGCGUGUGUGCAAGCUCCUUUUUGUGCGCCUGAUCUCAGCAUAUCUCGAGGUCCACGUUUCGAGGAGCAAGACCAGCUUCUCCCUCGAGAGGAAGGUUAGGUUCUUGCCGAUGGCAGCUUGUGCUUUGGGUCUGUCGGGUCUCAGGUGGGCCGAUGCUUGGAUCGAUGUCAUGGAAGAAUGUGGGAUUCGUAUCCACGAGGAUUCGCCCCUCCUGCCGUGUCCGGGUUCCAACGGGACCUGGAGGAAUGUGCCUCUGCCGUGCGACCAGGCUUGUGUGUGGCUCAGGAGCCUGCUUGCCCAGGGAGUGGGCCCCGAUGAGUACUUGAACAAUGUGGGUACGCAUUCGUGCAAAAGAACAAUCCUCUCAUGGGCCAGCAAACGCGGUCUGCCAAGGGACCAAAGGGCCAUCUUAGGCUAUCAUACUUCGAAGUCUGCCGGUGUGGGCACGGAGCUCAUCUAUGAAGUCGAUGCUCAGUCGGCCCCCCUCAGGGCCAUGGCGUCGAUGCUGCGUGAGGUCCGCUCUGGGAAGUUCAUGCCUGACAACCCAAGAGGGCAACAGCUGGCAGAGGAAUGUGAGAGGUCCGAUGAGGAGGAUCCACCUCACUCCGAGGAUGAUAUGGCGUCGUCUUCGGGCUCCUCGGUCGACGAAGAGGAACGUGACCACUCAGAAGAUGAGCAGGCCGUCGCCAGGACUAUGGAGAGGUGGCCGGGCAGAGUGGAUGAGCGGCGGCUGCCAGGUGAUGCAACGUACUUCAGGUGCCAGGUCUCAAGCCUAGUUUGGGUGGCCGUCAAAGAUGGCUGCGUACUCGGAGAGUGGUCCAGUGUUCUCUGCGAGAUGUGUGAAGGAUCGGGCGAUGACAAGGAGCUCAUCGCCGCGUUUGAGACGGCACUUGGAGGCCCGGCAAGUUUGGGGCAGAAGGCAGCCUUUCGCAGGUUGUUCCAUGAGAGCUUUGCUGUCACUACGAGUGAAAUGCGCUCGUUGGUGGAGCGGACCGAUGAAACAGCGCCUAGGAAGCUUUCGGUGCCGGAGCGCUCCGAGAGGUUCGCUGCCAUCGUGAAGAAGUUGUCGGGGUUGGACAUCCGGAAUCGAAUGGAGCCAUCAGAUGCUCUGGUGGAUGCGUGUGUCGCCAUCUAUGAGCAGAAUCGCCUCCAAUACCUGGAGUGGGAUCGUCUGACAAGCAAAGAGCACGAGGCACAGAAGAGUGCCAAGAGAGAGUCGGUCUUGUCCAUUGACAGCUCGGGGAAACUCAAGACUGAGAAGCCUGACCCGGGGCGUGCAGACACGUCCAGUGAGUUCCUCAUCCACCUUGCGUUGUCCCGUCGAGGCAUUGCUUUUGAGAUGGCGAAUCUCUUAGAUUUUGUCCAUCACAGCCGUUGGGUAGAGAAGCUUCUGAGUGCACGCUUGGACGUUGUUCCUUCCUCUCACAAUCUACCAACCUUCAUGCAAUUGCAGGCUGCAGAUCGCAAGUUGUUCCAGUGCCUUGCUGAUCAGACACGUGCCGGCCUCCAGGUCACAGUAUCGGGAAGGCCUUUGGAUCAGGUGUUCGAAGCCGCCACCUGUUCAACGGAGGUUGUCAGCUUGAUGCAGCCAUUGCCUAAGGCUGCUGGCGCUGGCUCUGAGAAAGAGCGUAAUGGGCCUUACGGCUUUCCGCCGCCCCCUCCUGGAGGGAAGGGCCGUGGAAAGGGGAAGCGAGGUAAGGCUGCCGUUCGGCAGAUGAAAAUGCCCCAGGGGCUGGAAGGCUGUCGGAGCCACACGAACGGCGGAGACCCCAUAUGUUUCGGAUACGGCACAGCAUCCGGAGAGGAUGCAGUUUUCGAGCCGGGCGCUCCCGUUGUACCAGGCGUCGCUGCCUCGCCAGGCACCGGCGGGUCGGCCUCGUCGGCCGACGCAAGUUUUCCUUCAGCACAUGUGGUUCAGCCGGAGCCUAAGAGGCCGCGCGUGAGCCGUGGAGCAAACUGCUUCGUACAUUCACAUGCAGCUGAGCACGUGAGUUCUGUUUUGGCACCUCCUCUUCAUGCUGGGGGUGCCGUUUUUCCGAUUCUCUUUCAGGGUGCAAAACCACAUGAUCUUGAUCAAGCUGAGACCUUGGCUUGGGCUUUGGCAGGCCAUCAUGAGCUGACUGCUUCAGACCUUGUGCGCCUGUUCGACGCCUUGCCAAAAGAACCAUCCCCCCGCGCUGCUGAAGGCAGCAGCUUCACUGCAGGCGCGUUUGUGCAUGGCGGAGUCGUCGGCGUGCGAACGACGACUGGGAAGUAUCCUGCUUCCACUGCCUUGUUUGUGGCCUGGCUCAAACAUGCGGCCCCCGGGUGUGUCUUCUCUUCCAUUGCCGUGCUUGAUCAGAGUCCCUCUUCCAUGCAUAAGGACCUGCAGAAUGCGCCCUUCCCUAAUAUAAUCACUCCCCUAACCGCCUUUAAGGGAGGUUGUCUUUGGGUUGAGGGUGAGGGCUCCGAAGUCCGUGAGUUUCAAGGCCACGAUGUCAUCGGUGGCCCCGUGCCUUGGAAUGGUCCGUGUCUGCUCUUGUCGGCCAGCGAGAAUGCACAUUGCGUCCUCCCAUGGCAGGGUCGCCGCCUUGUCUUGGUAGGUUUCACGGUGCGUUUCGUGGAGAAGCUUAAGCCCCCCGCUUUGGCAGAGCUGCGGCUCUUAGGGUUUCCCUUAGAAGCUAGUCCCAGCACAAAACUGCCACCCCCGACAGGUGUCGCUCCAGCGGCAGGAGCCCAGCCCUUGGCAGAGGCCUCGGUUCCUCUUGCGCCGCCCGUGCAGCCCUCAUCUCGUCUGCAGCCGCCGUCGACUUCUCGCCCCCUUGUGCUCGAGUUGUGUGCGGGCUCUGCCCUUCUGUCCUGCGUAGCCAAAGAGGCCGGGUACGCGGUCGUGCCGGUAGAUUGGGGCCAUAGUAAGCAUAGACCUUAUGUUCAUGUGCUGCAGCUGGACUUGCGCUUGUCACGCACCUGGGACUUCAUCAGGCGUCUUGUUGAGACGCGCGACGUUGUGUGGGUGCAUAUCGCACCGCCGUGCGGCACGGCCAGCCGUGCGCGUGACAUUGGGAAGGGACCGCGCCCGCUUAGGUCCCUUCAACACCCAUGGGGGCGGCCCGAUCUGUCCGAGGUUGAGGCAGCUCGGGUUGCUAGCGCCAACGCUAUCUAUCGGGAGACGGCUGCCUUUUGCCAAUGGCUCCUGUCCAACCAUGCUUGCGUCCAUUUCUCAGUGGAAAAUCCAUUGCACUCGUGGCUUUGGCACUUACCCUGCUUCCAAUCCUUGGUGCAGAGACUUACCUUAGUAAGCUUCGAUGCAUGCUUGCAUGGUUCUACACGCAAGAAGGCUACAGCUUUCCUGUCCUCCCACCCAGUUUUGGGUCGCCUCAGCGGGCCCUGCCCUGGCUGCCCCAAGCAUGAUGCUUGGGUUGUGGACGGCAAUUAUGCCACCGCUUUGGAGGCCGCCUACCCAAAACUUCUCUGUGAACGGCUUGUUGCCUGCAUCGAUGACGUCGCUGCCGAGCGUCAACUUCUUCCGAGCAAGCUUCAGACUUCUGAGCUGGCCACUGCCCGUGCAGCAGGGCAGGUUCAGCCCCGAGGUCGCCGUUUCGCGCCUGUCAUCGGCGAAUUUGCGCAUACCGUGACAGUGGCUUCCUCCGAAGCCCCCCCGCUGAAUGCUAAGAACUGCUUGGAAAAACCUUGGUUGCAGGUGCCUGCCAAGUCUAAACUGCUGCGUGUGUCAGUUGAAAGGGGUGGUGCCGACACCCGCGCAGGUGAGCUUGGAGAUGAGCUCCAAGUGGGUGCAGCUUCUUGUCGGUUUUACACUUUCGGUGUGUAUCGAUCUCCAGAGGUUUUCGUGCGUGAGGCAAAGCAGCUUGAUCACCCCUUCGAUACUGCCAGGGCCCUUCCAGACGGACUGGUUCGCGUGCUCUUCGACCUCCUUGUGCAAGGCCCGGUGGUGGUGAUGCGACGGAGACUGGAGAAAAUCAGGCUAUGGAGACAAUGGGCUGUUGAGCUUGAGGGCGAGGAGCGUGCCCUGAAGCAAAAACUUGAACCUUCAGUGAGGCGUGUCUUGGGAGGCAAGCGCCUGUGCCUUCUUAAGCGCAUUGCCGAAUCUCUUGAUUGGCCUGACAAGCAACUUCAUCACGACUUGGAGGUGGGGUUCAAACUCACUGGCUAUAUGCCGUGUACUGGGGUCUUCCAUCCUGACGAGAAGCCGGCACUUAGCUCCGAACAAGAUUUUUGGGAAGGUGCGGCCAUCUUGAGGGAUUCUCUGUGGGACAAGGUGUCCGGCCAAGUUUGUGGUGAGCAUGCGCAAGAGCUGUGGAACGUCACUCUUGAAGAAGCAGAUGCAACAUCAAAGGCUUGGCUUGAUGGUCCUUACACUAGAGAGCAGCUCGAAGAAGUGUACCCGCAGGGAUGGUCGCCUUGUCGCCGCUUCAGCGUAAUGCAGGGAAAGCUUCGCCCAAUCGACGACUUCUCCGAAUCCGGCGUGAACUCCUGUUUUGGGUGUUUCGAGCGUGUUAGCCUGAAAGCACUGGAUGAGCUUUGCUGGGUUUGCCUGCAGGUAUUCCGGUGUGCCUUGGGUUCCGGUUGGGUGAAGUUUGUGUUGAGUGACGGUACGUCCCUCGAGGGCAGGUUGCACAAGGUUUGGGCGGAUCGCGAGAAACUACGUCCACUCACGAAGACCUAUGACCUUAGAGCAGCGUACAAACAACUACCUCUUCACCCGGGAGAGAAGCCGAAAGCAGUCCUGAUUCUCAAAAACCCUACCGACGACCGGGUGUAUGCCUUUCCAUGCAACACCUUGCCUUUCGGUUCGUCGGCUUCGGUGAUGCACUUCAAUCGAGUGUCCUUGUUGCUGCAGCGGAUCCUUUGGGAAGUCGGCGUAGUAGCGGCAUGCUACUAUGACGACUACCCAACGAUGGCUCCUGCGAUGCUUAGUGGGGGCACUGAUAAUGCAGUGCAUUCGGUCAUGGACCUUCUUGGGUUCACGCUAUCGCGUGACAAAGAGCAACCUUUCAGCUCUGCGAGCGAGAUGCUGGGAGUUGUCCUGGAUACAAGUGACCCGUCCUUUGGGCACGUGUGCGUGUCAAACAAACAGGAGCGGGCUGCGGCGAUGUGUGAGACACUUGCAAGUGUGUUGAGGGAUCGGAAGGUGCUGGUUCGCGAGGUGCCCUCCCUUUUAGGGAGAUUGCAAUUUCUUGAGUCGCAGAUGUUGGGACGCACGGGCCGUCUGGCCAUUGCCGAUCUGAGGAACCUGGAGCGGGCUGCUGCAUUCAGUGUGGAGCUAAGCCAGUCCCAGUUUGAUGCGGUUGCCUUGCUACGUGCUCGCCUUUUGAAGGGGGUCCCCCGUCAGCUUUCAGCGAGCCCUGCUUCUGCCCCAGUCCUCGUGUUUACCGAUGGAGCAUGCGACCCCUGUGGAAGUUCCUUUCAUGCGGCUGUGGGAGGCGUUCUCAUUGCGCCGGGGUCGAAGCCCCGUGUCUUUGGUGCCAAAGUUCCUGAGGCCUUGAUCCAACGGUGGGCACGGGGGCGCAAGCACAUCAUAGGCCAGGUUGAGCUGUAUGCCGUGGUCUUAGCCAGGGUCUUGUGGUCCAGGGCAAUAGGAGGGAACAGGGUUUUCUUCUUCGUGGACCAUACGGGUGUCCACAGCUCCUGUAUUAACGGGAAUGCGGCCGAUACCUCCUGGCGUGAGCUGCUCAUGCAACUAGAGGCUGCGGAUGAGGCGGCGCCGUGCCUAGCAUGGUUCCACAGGGUUGCCAGUGAAAGCAAUCCUUCCGAUGCCCCCUCCCGGGGUGAGUGGGAGAAACUGCGGUACCUAGGGGAUUUCUUGCGCGACGAGGUCAAAUGUCCGAUGACCUAUUGCACUCUUGAAAGCACUUGA